GGCGCGGGCACCCCGCUCCCGGCCACGCUCCCGGCCCCGCUCCCGGCCCCGGCCCCGGCCCCGGCCCCGCUCCGCCGAGCGCCAUGGACACAUAGCCGCGGCGCCACGCAGGAAGAUGCGCAGUCCCAUCCCAGGCCUGGGCAGGGUGAUGGUGUUCCUUGCGGCAGCCCUGGUGUCAGCCUCCCUCGCCGUCCCUGAGGGCUGGGGAGAGGAAGGUGUGCAGUAUGGACAGGUGGGGACAGAUGUGACCCUGCUGUGCGCCGGUGCCCAUGCCAGCUCACCAGUGCAAUGGAGACGGGCGGGUGCUGUGGCACUGCCAGAGGGCUCAGCCAUCCAGCAGGGAACCCUGGUACUGCCACACGCCAGCUUGGCCACUGCAGGAACCUACAGCUGCUACAGCGAGGACGGUAGCCUCCUGCACACCGUGUCCCUGCGGCUGGGGCACCUUCCAGGAGUCCCCUUUGUGUCCUGCAGAGCGUCAGACUAUGAGAAUUUCUCCUGCUCCUGGACCUCCAGCGUGGAGACCUUCCUCCCCACCAGAUACAUGACCACCUACAGGAAGAAAUCGCUGACGGGUGAAGAGAAGCGGAGGAACAAGAACGGGCAUGUGGGGCCAUGCCUGCAGGAUCCAUCCCACCCCGGCACCUGUACUGUCCAUGGGUCAGAGUUCUGGAGCUCCUACCGCUUGAACAUCACUGAGGUGAACCCCUUGGGCUCCAGCUUUCGCCUCCUUGAUGUCACCAUGCAGGCCAUCAUUAAGCCAGACCCUCCAGAGGGCUUGGUGGUGGAGCCCAUCCCCCUCGCCCCACGGCGGCUCCACGUGAGCUGGAAGUAUCCCUCCUCCUGGCCCAAGGAACCCCACUUCCAGCUCAGGUUUCGGCUCCAGUACCGGCCCGUUAUCCAUCGCUCCUGGUCUGUGGUGGAGACGGUGAACCUGUCCGAGGUGAUCACAGAUGCCUUUGCUGGGUUAGAACACGUGGUCCAAGUCAGCGCCAAGGAUUUCCUGGAUGCAGGGAACUGGAGCGAAUGGAGUGCUGAGGCCCGGGCGACACCAGUCAGAGACCUGGUGACCACAGCAAGUGAAGAAACCACUACAGACACCAGCCUGGAGAUCCUGGCCAAGGAGCCCUCCCAGGCUUCCAACCCUGAGCCUAUCAACCACAGUGACCCCGUGGAGAAGAUGGCUGUCCUGGUGUCCCUCGGGAUCUUCGCCUUCUUUGUCCUGGCUGCUGUUCUCAUCAUCACCAUCCUCGUCUGGCUCCGGGUGAGGAAACAAGGCAAGGACAAGACCAAACCCCACAACUUCUUGGUUGCUGCCACCCACUUGAAGGCACUACCGACGGUUCCUAAGUUGUGCCCUGAGGAUCCAUGGUGAAGACCUGACAGGUGCUCUACAAACCUGCUUCACCUCUGUAGUGCUCCCUGCUCUGCAAGACUGGAAACUCAUAAAACAUGUAAGAGCUAACCAGGGUCUGCAGCCCAGAGGAAAGGUACUUGUGGUUGAAGGGCCAUGCUUUCAUUUCCUCCUGAAGGCAGCCACUUUGAACGAAAAUACCCAGAAAGUAUCUGCUGCCUUUCCUGGGGCACUGACUGCAAAGAGAAGUGCAAGUUCCCUUUGCACAGGCUCCAGCAAAGCCCACAGCACCUGCUGCUGUGAUUCCUCCAGUAUAAUAAUCUCCAUAUCCUUCCUAAAAACACAGCUGGGAUCCAGAAAGUAAGAAAAGACAAAAAAGACAAUUGCAUACAAGGAGGCUGGGUAUUGGGAUGAUGCGCAAUAGCAGAACCUCCAUGAAGUAUUAAGGAAGGGGUGCUGCCCAGAUGGCUGUUGGGUUUCACUUCUGUCACACCAAGGGAAGUCCAGCUUCUCAGUGUCUCUAGGAUCUGGACGUUAAAUAUCACACAUUUCUCCUGUGUUCCUCAGCUUUGCUGAGGGCAGCAAGGAGAUGAUGCAACCCCUAUUGCCUAUCUGCUCACUGCUCGUGCUGGGAGGCAGGACAGAGUGACAAAGUGCUCUCCAGCCGCACAAUCCAUCAGCAGGACAAAUUAGCAUCAGCAAUGCAAGGAGAGGGGAAGUCCAAGACAUGGGGCUUGCAGGUGUCCCUUCAAGGAUAUGAACCUACAUCGUAUCACUGUGAAUAUUUACGCGAAUGCACCCAGGGCUGCAUAAUCUGCAAACCUGAGCACAUUGUUUAAAAAGGGGAUAAAGCGCUGAGUUGUCCUGUGAUCAUUUAGAUUUACCUUCACUUUUUUUUUCCUUGAUGUCUGUUACCAGGCUAAGUUUGUGUAUCUUGUAACCAAUAAAGAUAUUAAAAGCCCUUUAA